AUGCCGAAACGAAAGAAGCAGAAUCAGCAGCAGCAGCAGCAGCUGCCGCAGCCCCAAGGGCCAAAGCGGGUAGAAACUGGAGAAGAAGAUGUGGGAUCCCUAUCGGCUCUUCACAGAGGUCCUCUAGGAUCAAGGGCACUGAUGAUUCCACCGCUGCUGAGUCUCCCACCUCCCCAGGACAGAGGCCCAGUUUCAGGAGGCCUUGGCCCCAGGUCUGAUCCAUAUGGUUGUGGUAGGUGGGGGAUCAGUGCUGAGCCUCCUUUUCCCAGAGGCCACAGUAGUCCCUCCAGGAGAUGUUUUCCCAAAGAACAGAGACAUCCUGGAAAGUUCAAAAGCUGGUCGCUCAUCAAGAAUGCCUGCCCCUCCAAGGGUGAACCUCAGGUUAUGGAAGACAAAUCUGACUGCCCUAUCUACUGA